CGACGAGAUAUUACUUUAUUUUAUUAUUUUAUACUAUAUUUAUUUUUAUUUAUAUUUAUACUUUGAAUCUGCAAAUAUUUGUCGAUAUGACUACGUUAGCAGAUUUUUCUGAUCACGAAGAUGAAAUAUUGGCAGAAUAUGAGAGAAGAGAUGAAGAUAGAGACGAAGAGAAAAAUGAUGAACUUUUAAGCAAUGUAGAUGAAGAUGAAGGAAUAGAUGAUGUUUCAAGAAGAAUUGAUCCUUCCAAGCCGCAAAGGACCAUCACUCGUAAUCCCAUACCUAAACUUAAUACGGAACGUUUAAAAGGUCCUAAAGGUAUACAUACCAUAGAAAAACAUUUUGAUGGAUUUAAGUUUUAUGGAAAAGGAAAGGAAAAAAUGGAUUUAGAUCGCAUCAUGAAAAGAUUGGAACAUUGGGCACACAGAUUGUUUCCUAAAUUAGAUUUUGAUGACUUUUUGGAAAAAACUGAAAAACUUGGUUCUAAGAAAGAUCUUUCAGUAUUUGUGACCAAAUAUAGAAACGAUAUGAUAUCAUUAGAUGAUCCUGAAAUCAUCCGGAAUAAUUUAAGCGACGAUGAGCCUAUGGAUAGUGAACCUGCCGCCAUUGAUGCAUUUGAUUUAUUAAUUGCAGAACAAAUUGAAAAACAGAAAGAAGUUUUGGUACAACAUAAUCUUGACAAAAAUGAUACAUCUGUUAAUGAUUAUCCCAAUGAUACAUUUUUGGAAAAUACAUUUACUCAAUGUUCUACUCAAACUGAUAAAAUCGCAGAAACUAGCGGAUCGCAAACUAAUACACCAGAGUUAAGCCAUGAAAUAAAGGAAAGAAUUGAAAGAAAUAGACUGCAGGCUUUAGAACGAAGAAGACUUGCUAAAUUAAAAGCUAUGGAAGAAACCAAAAAGAAAAAUGAAAUAGGAGAAAACGCAGAAAUAUAAAUAUCGAAAUAAAGAAAUGCAAAUAUCGCGAAAGUUUACGUUUAAAAAAUGUUUACUCGUUUUAUAGAGAUAAUGAGUAUUUACGAUAUCCUUCAAUAAUUUAUUCGUCCAUCUUAUUUCUUACAUACAAAAAACAAUUCUUAAUAUACUUAUGUUAUUUUUCAUUAAACAUUAAUAUAAAUAUAAUAAUUUUGUAUGUUUCGUAUGUUAUAAAAAAAAGAGUAUAAUCAUAAAUAAAUUAUAUUAUUUCA